AUGAAGAACAACCUGAUGCUCUCACUUAACAACGCCAAGGAUUACCUGAAAAGCCGAAACGAAAAUGGCCAAUCCGUGUACAACCACAUAUGCGACGUGAUAAAUUUUAUCAUAGUGGAGAAGCCAGAAAAGUGUUAUGAGCAUUUCGAAAUGAUCUCUAGUCAUAUAAAGGAAAGUAAAAAAGGGGACUCUGGCAAAACAUCCAACGAUCCCAACCUGAGGGAUGUCAAUUUAGACAACUAUAUACUGCACGACUACAUAAAAAACAAAAAGGACUGGCUAGCCAAAAUAAAAUUCUCACUCCAGCAGAAAGUGCAGCCCAAACUUACCCAAUUACCUUUUUUAAAAAAUUUUUACGACCAAGUGAAAUUAAUUAACUGGGCAGGAUAUCACAUAGGAAGCGAUUCUGUUUGGCUCAUCAAUAAAUCUGUAAAAAAUGUUCUCGAAAAAUAUAAAAAUGAAUUGACUUCUCUACAUUUCUGGGGAAUCCUCAAAGGGGUAAAAAACAACUACUAUAUUUUGGAAGGGCUUCUAAAGGGAGAUUCCAGUUUCCUAUUUCAGAAGAAAGGGAAAAAAUCCGCACCUUCGGAGGACUCGAAUGGGGGGGAGUCCUCCAAUAGCGCAGGGUCCGCAUCAUCAGAGGGGGGCAAGCAGGAAGAGGACGACGAAAAGGGCGAUGAAGAAGACGAUGAAAAAGACGAUGAAGAAGACGAUGAAGAAGACGAAGAAGACGAUGAAGAAGAUGACGAAGACCAGGAGGACCUAAAUAAGAACCACAAAAAAUCAACAAAUCGAAAGGGGAAAAAUAAAUCAACGGAUAACCAACAGCUGAAAUACAAAAAGGAAGACUUUGUCACCUUCAAUAAGAGGGUCAAUAGACACGUCUACUGGGCAUCCGUGAACGGAACGGAUGAAUGGGUUCUCCUAAAACCUACGACACCAGAGUACAUCCAAAUGGCUAGUAAAACGAAUAAAAUGCUGAUGGGAGAUAUGAACAAAAUAAUAACUGCCUUCCCAAACAUUGCCAUAAAGGAAAAGCACUACCUCAGAGCACUCAUUUCGCUCAUAUCGUCCUACACGCACAUAUCGCCUAGGAAGUAUUACAUCACCAGGGGGACAGAAAAAAAACGGGGACCUGGGAAGGCAAAAAAGGGAGGGAAAAAUCAAAGCAGUGAUAAAGAUGAAGGCGAUGAAGGCGAUGAAGACGAUGAAGACGAAGACGAUGAUGAACUGGGUUACUCCGAUGCGUCUAACGAAAAAAAUGACUAUUCUAGUGAAACCAAAGAUGAAAAUGAAAGUAGUGAAAAUGGUGAAGAGCAGGAGGGAGAUGAAGGUGGAGACAAACGGAACGGAGAUGUUGACCAUGACAAUGGCAACGACGAUGCUAGGGAUGAUACCCUAAUCGAAAAUAAAAAGUUCCAAUUCGAUGCAAAUGCUCUUUCACGAUUAGAAAACUGGGUUCACUGCAAACAUAGCUUCCUGCCAAAUGGACAUGUCUGCUACCCCAAAGAUAGACGCAGGAAAAAUGGGGGACGAGGAAGUAACGCCAAAAUGAGACACAUCAUUAAACAUAACCCACCUCUGAAAAUACUGAGAGGCAUUAAUGCACAAAAGGAAAACCAAGUUGGUCCCACGUGGAAAGUGAAGCACCUCAAUCCUGGACACUACUACGGACCUCAUAGUCUCCACUACGACGUAAUAGUCCUAUACAAUUUUAUUUUUUAUGGCGCCUUUACUGUUUACUCAAAUAGGCAAUUUUUUAACUUCUACAUUGGAAAUGGGAUAAAAUCGAAGCACUCGUUUAUUCAUACUUACCAGCCUGGAAAAAUCGAAUCGGACGAAAGUGAGUUGUCCGAGGUGGACCACUCAAGCUGA